UCCCCUCCGCCAUCACCCCUUCCCUCCCUCCCGGGGAGGAAAUAGGCCGGGCUGCCAGGCCCGCCGCCCCCUCGCUUCAGGGCCGUGCAGCAGCAGCGCAGGGCGAGCCGGGACGGGCCCCGCUGCCGCCCCAGGCGGAGGAGCUGGGCCCGCCAUGGAGUCAGCGGGGGCGCCGGAGGAGGUCUACGUGCUGGUGGAGUACGGCUUCGAGUACCGGGCCAAGGACGGGACGCUGGUCUCCAUCAAGCCCAACGAGCGCUACGUCCUGCUGAAGCGCACCAACGACCACUGGUGGCACGUGAGGAAGAGCCGGGACGCGCGGCCUUUCUACAUCCCGGCCCAGUACGUCAAGGAGCUGCCCCCCAUCGCCUCCCCGGCACCACUCUACCACGAGGAGCCGGAGCCGGAGCCGGAGCCACCGGCAGCCUACGAGUACCGCUUCAUCGGCGCGGCAGCCCACGGCCAGGGGGGAUUUGCCACCCACCCUCAGCUCUUUCCGGGCAGCCCCAGCACCGAGCCCCCACCCCGCCGAGCCCAUGCGGCCCACGCAGUCCCUGGAUGACCUGCCCAGGGUGACGCCGGUGCCACAC